CUCGCUGAGUUCGAAAGCAAAAGUACCCAAAAACCGAACAGCUGAGCUGGCAGUUUGUUCGGACGGUGCCAGGUGGUUACAUCGUGGAUCACUCCGAGCCUAGGACCCAUCAUCAUCAUCACCAUCAUCUUCAGAAACAAACAAGUGUUUGAAAAAUUGCAAGCAUAGAUUACGUUUUGUUACAUCGAUCUAAUCGCCGCGUUCGCGUUCACAGCUCCGUGACAUGGUUGACCUACAAUAGAGUGCGUGGUAGCAAGCUGGCUGAUCGUUUGACCAGCCUCAGUGUACAGUCUGGUCCCGGGCGCGUCUAACGUGUUUUUCGUUCGGUUUCGCGCGUUGCACCCUCAUCAUGUCGAUCAAGUUCAACGAGCACAAUCAUCCCACGCUGGAGCUGGACGGAGGCUUCCACGUGUGUCUGCACCGGGCCGUCUACGACGAAGAUCUGCAGCUCCGAACCUCCGCCUCCGAGGAUUUGUCCGAAGAAACGGCCAAAGCUCUGGCCGACCUGCGCCGCCUCGUGACCGCGACGCCGAACCUCAACUUUCCGCUGGAGCUGUCCACCAACUGGAUGGUUCCGGUGUAUCUGCGGUGCUGCGAAAACGAUGCCAAGCGCGCCUUCGACAUCCUGGACUACAGCUACCGGCUGCUGUACCGCGAGAAUGAGUUCACAAAGUCGUACGCCCAGAUCCGGCACGUGUUCGAGCUGGGGCUGAUGCGGUACUUGCCCGAGUGUACCGACGACGGUGCCAUCAUUGCCGUGAUCCAGAUGGGACGUGUCUGGGACACGUCCAAGGUGUCCCUGGUCGAGUUCAUCGCCGCCAUCCGGCUGGCCGGAAUCGCCACGAUGCUGCACCGGGACGCCCAACAGAACGGCGUGCAGCUGAUUCUGGACGUGGACGGGCUCUCGAUGGGACAAAUCACCAACUUUACACCCCGCUGCUGCAGCUACCUGUUCAGCCUGAUGGACUACUGCACGCCGGUCGUGACCAAGGGGCUGCACGUGGUCAACAACGGGAUGCUGUUCAACGUGCUGUUUUCCACGCUGAAACCCUUCAUGAGCCGGGACCUGCGCUCGAAAACGGUGAUGCAUGGCAAAAACUGGAACUCGCUGGCGAAGCACAUCAAGCCGCGCUUUUUGCCACCCAAGUACGGCGGGAGCUCGUCGGCACCGGACUUUGACGGGGAACUGUUUGCCAAGCUGUUCCAGCACUACGAGGGGUACUUCAACGAGUACGACUCGUACGGGUUCACCGGAAAUCCAGAUUCAAAGUAAAUAUUUGGUUAAAAAGGUGUGUAAUUCAUAAGAUUUUAAAAUAAUACUGUAAACUGCAUUAAAAAAAGAGUCUACGUAAGAUAAUUUACAAAAUGGUCAAAAAUAAAGAUAAAACAACAAAUAACCGACUGCACAGCCCUCAAAAAAUUCCCCAACAACAUUAAAAAAAAUAAACUGUGCGUGAAAAACUGUAAGUUACUUUUAAUUGUUGAUACAUAUAAAAUAAGGCUGUGAUACUCACUGUCGCAGUCAAACGCCGACACACUUGUUAACCUCUUCCUAAAAUCUAUUCUCUAUUCACAGUCAAAGUGAAAUGAUCAAAGUGUAGUGCACAAUAAUUUAACUAAUAGUAAAACUCUCCACAGAAAGAUUACGCUUGAUUCUCAAAUUUUAAAUUUUCGUUUGUACAAUCACAAUUUCCUGCAAGACCACAAAUAACUUUUGC